AUGGGAUCCUCUGACGGCAGCAAGAGCGGUAGAAACGCACAGAACCUCAACCAAAACCCGGGCCAAGGCGAACGUGAUAGCCAUCAAGCUGCCAAUCAAGGUCAAGAAAACCAGAACUCAAGCCAGAACCAAAGACAUCAAAACAGCCACUCUGGUCGUCCCAGUCACGAACCCCUCACAUGGAUGACACCUACCGCUGUGCGAUCAGGUACCGAUUCCAAGAAGGACGUAGAAGACAAAGAGCCUAAUCGUCCUCGCGGCCAUUCAACUUCGGAACAGGCCCAGGGAAAGCCCCUCGAUGAGGUGGUGGACAACUACCGACAGUGGCUAGAAACCAUCGAUCGUACCAGUGGGUCUUCGCCAGGCCAGAAUCUGGCAGCAGCGGCCGUGGCAGCUUUCCCCAUGGCAUCUUCGAUUCCAAACACGUUCCCGUCUUUUGACGAUCUGAGCCAACAGCAAGGGCAACAAGAACCUCAGUCAUCGAGUCAUCGGCAUUCGUACCAGCAAAGUCUGGAUAGUCUGCGACAGCGCGGAACUGAACCGCAAGCUCACGGCCAAAACGAUCGGCCGCAGCAUCAUGGGAACGACGACCCAAAGCAUCAGCUUCGUGAGGAUUACGAAGAAACUGACAAGAUGACGCUCGACCCGGAUCUUGACUCUGUGGCCUUUGCUCUCACCGAACCUCUAUCUCAAACAACAGAAAGUGCAGCUCUUCGGGCCAGUGGUAUCGUUCACGACAACUACGACGACAACUCGAGGGAGUCGUCUAAUCGUUUCGAACCGAUCAAGGCUGUUCUUACACCAAGGGCAAGUAGCACUAGCCAUACAGAGACUCCUGAUCAGGAACAAUCACAGAAACAACCACAGCAACCAUUUGCCACCUAUAUGCCUUUUGGUACUAAUCUCAGCAACACAACUCGAAGCAACACUGACGUCAGGUCGCAUUCGUCGAACGGGUGGAUGAACCGCUCGCGUUUCAGACCUUACUUUAACAUCUCUCUUGUAGGCGAUUCCAAAAUUGCCACCUGUAUCUAUUGUGGGAAAGACUAUAAAGAAGGUGAAUCUACUGGAAACUUAUCCAAACACAUAACCAAUAAUCAUGCGACUGAGUAUAAAUCUCGCGAGCGUGCUGCUUCGAAGGAGAACACAUUGACUUCACUCACCAGUAAAGAGCGGUCUUUGCGUCUCUCUGCAAGAUUUGCUUCAGAACUCAAUCGGGACAGUGGUACUUUGGCAUCGGUUAUUCUUAUAACGGAAACGUUAGUGCCCUUUUACGUGGUAGAGUCUAUGGGUUGGAAAAUUAUCAAUGGUCUUGUUCCUGACGUUCCUCUUAUAGAAACUCGCAAAGCCGUGGUUGAAAAAAUGGACCAUUAUAUCGAAUGUUUGAAUCAAUCGCUCAAAGCAAGCUUGGAAUCGUCCACGUUUGUCAGUGUCCAGCUUUACGUUUGUUCAAGAGAGGACGGGCUGAGAUAUCUUGCUGUUUCGGCUUCUUACGCUCCAAACAUCUUGGAUGAGGAGAGACUGGAUAGCAUUCACUCUCUGGACCUUUUGGUGAAUAACACGGGAGACCCUGUGAAUGGUCACCUACUAGAUGUAGUGGAGUUCAAUGACAAAGCUGAUGACCAUCCCUCUUUAUACAAGGGUGUGUUAAAAAUAUUGGACAGGUACAAUGUUACUUCAAAGGUCGCUGUGGUCACAGUCGAUCAACUGAGCCAUGCGCUAGGUUUGCAUGAUGACUUGAUGAAUGCCUUAUUGAAAAACUCUGAUUCGCGGGUAAUGCGUUACCUUGGCAGUGUACGUCUGUCACGUUGCAUCAAUUCGGGUCUCGAGCUACAGUUUGAAGCUGUGGCCAACGAUUUGAUGAAGGACGGAGAUUUCAAGCAUGAGUACCAAAAGAUAGAGAAACUUGCUCAAUCUUGGGAGAAGAUUCCUGCUCUACAGAGUUUUGCGGACGAUCUUGUCAGACCGCCUCACUUUUCGAGUCAAGUCAACGAGGCUCGGGGAGUUUGGCGCCAGGUAACCAAAUUUUUACGAGUGAGACAACGCCUAAGAGUUUGGUUAGAGAGCCCUGAAAGAGAUGUUGAAGGGUCCGCGGUACAGGAUAUCGAAGAAAACAUCUCUCACACAUCGACAGCUCUAGAGCUAUUCCGCUAUUUCGUUGACUGUUGCUCGAUUUUCGAUAGAUUGCGGGGCUCUUUGUUGAGCGACGGGAUUUGCUUUCUACCUGAAGGAUUGUCCAUAUAUUACAAGCUGAAUGGGUUUUUCGAUUUGUGCGAACGGGCAUCCAGGGGCGAGCAAAUUCAUCAUGAAGAGUACUCCUUUUUGAAUGGUUCAGACACACUACUGUCUGAGCACAAAGAUAGGGUUUUGCGUGCCGUUUUAAGCAGCAGGAAACUGUUUAAAGGGUUUUUCGAAGGCGUUAAGACUAAUGCCUUAUUCUACGUGUCUGUUGCCUUGGACCCCUCAGCGCGGUUGGAAGAAUUUCAAAAAUACAUGAGCGAAGACGAGAUGAAUUUCAUCAAAUGUGACGUGGAGGUCACUGUCCAGGAAUAUUUAUCGAAAUGCGAUCUCUAUGAACAUAGCAGCGCCAAGUCCGAGGGUUCGGAACCUAAUAAAGCUGCUAAACGCAAGAGGAUGGGGCAAGAGCCUUCCAAAGAGGGCGUUUUCACCAGUAGCUACGACGAAUGGACGCAAUACAAGAGUGAAAUCAAAGUUCUUUCGAAAUCUCGUCGUGGAGUAAUCCAAUGGUGGGCCGAGCGUCGUGCCAAAUAUCCACACUUAUUCAAGCUAGCCAUGGCGUUGUACUACACGCAGAUCAGUUCCAACGAGACCGAGAACAUUUUUUACGUUACGGAACACACGUUGAAGGUGUAUCAAAGAAGUGUUGGACGAGCCAACACGCAGAAGGUGAUGCUUCUGAGAAACCGAUUCAAAAACUUUGGCUUGUACAAUCAGGCUCUGCGAUUUGUGAACCCAUCUAUUGAUUAA